AUGGAGAGUACAAUAACUCCUGAAAUGAUUCCUCCAUAUGAUCAAGCAGAGAUCCUAGGGACUCUGAAUCCAUAAGAGAUGACAUGAAAGCGACGUUUGUUGGAUGUGGUCCAACGUGGGCACUCGCCGUGAAUAACAUGCGGCCAUCACCUCUUCGACCACAACCGCAUGUUUACCUGAAUACCUACUUGUUCGGUCCGCAGCCACGGCACAAGAAGGCCAAUGGCUGAAUGACGCCGGGUCUUUUCGAAGCGUGAUACACAUGGCUAUUUCCGAGCACACCGAUUCGGACGAUACAGGGCAGCGUUUGCCGGAGCAUGCCAUUGUCUUGCUUGUCCUAGUCCUGGAUCCCUGGAGAGACAUGGCAGUCCCUUUUGGUUGGUCGUUGGUUUCCCUUCCAGCAGGUGGCUGAUUGCUGUUGUGCGACUUUGCUGCUGUUGCUACUGUACAAGCUUGAUCCCUCCCAGACGCUUUGACAACAUUUGCUCCGCCGCCGUGGCGUUGGACCGGCCGCUCCCACGACGACGCUGUGCUACUGAUAACUCGACCCUCCCCAAAAGACACAAGCCUGCUAACCAAUGCCAUGGGCUUGGAAAACCCAGGGGCUGGGGAGCCGAUGGUGCUAAACAAUACAGAUCCCAUGGACGAGCUCCGUAGGAUCAUGGCAUAUCAAGACUCGCUCGACUAACAGCAAUAUACCAUUGAUCCCUGCGCCCAGGGAAUCGGCCAUUCCAGCUAUCGAGAAAGGUGUCAGAUGCCGUUG